AACUUCCUCUGGUCACACUCACCAGCUGUUUACACAAUUAUUUCGUAAUUUUAAGUCAUAUUUUAUGAAUGAAUUAAGAUAAGAGGCGCGCAGAGCUACUCACAAAUGACUUCGCAGAUCUACAGCCAGAAGAAGUUCGUGCCUACGCCGCCCGAGAAGGGUUCCUUUCCCCUGGACCACGAAGGUCUUUGCAAGAAGCAAUUUCUGCUCUACGCCAGUUGCCUGCGCAAGAACGCCCAGGAUACGAGCCAGUGCCGCCAGGACGCGCAGAAUUAUCUGGCCUGCCGCAUGGACAACAAUCUUAUGGAGAAAACCGAAUGGUCCAAGUUGGGUUUUCACGACCAGAGCACCAAGACCGAUCAAAAAGCACCGGAGGUCCAGAAGCAAUAG